AAAGAGAGAGAGAGAGAGAGAGUAUGUUCUGUGUGUAAUUCCCGCAGAUUCCAGAGAUCCUAAUUUUAGACCAUAAAGUGAAAAUGAAAAUACAUAGAAAAAGCAAAAGCACAAACAUCCCAUCUCUCUCUCUCUCCAGAAUUCUCCUCUGCCUUAUCUUUUUCUUUCUAUCUUCCUCUUAGAAGUGAAGAAAGAGAGUGUGACUGCGUCUGCCUUUGCGUAUGUGUUUUGUUUGAUGCAAAUGGAGCUAGGGUUUUUACAAAACCCAUUUUUGGAUCUUCACUGUACUACUACUACUUCUUCUUCUUCUUCUUCUUUUAUCUUCUAGAGGGUUGAAGCAUUCAGAUCUGAGGAUUUGAAGAUUUCUCUUUGAUGCUAGCAGGGCUUUUCAAAUCCUUUUGAAUCCAAACUUUGUUUAGUUCGUGGAUCAUCAAAAAACUAUACUGUUUAAGUUCAGCUUGAAAAAGAAAAUUGUAUUUUUUUGGAGAUUUGCCCUUCUCUCAAUUGACCCUACAAGAUGCAGAGGCCACCACCAGAGGAAUUUGUAUUGAAGGAGACCAAUCCCCAUUUGGGAGGGGGAAAGAUCACUGGUGACAAGCUCACCAGCACCUAUGAUCUCGUUGAGCAGAUGCAGUACCUCUAUGUCCGGGUUGUGAAGGCCAGGGACUUGCCGGCGAAAGAUGUUACGGGUAGUUGUGACCCUUAUGUGGAAGUUAAGCUGGGAAACUACAGGGGUACCACCCGGCAUUUUGAGAAGAAGACCAACCCUGAGUGGAACCAGGUGUUUGCAUUCUCAAAGGAACGUAUUCAGUCCUCGGUGCUUGAGGUAACUGUCAAGGAUAAAGAUGUUGUUAAGGAUGAUUUCAUUGGUCGUGUUUGGUUUGAUUUGAAUGAGAUACCAAAACGUGUACCGCCAGAUAGUCCAUUAGCACCCCAGUGGUAUAGAUUGGAGGAUAAAAAAGGAGAUAAAAUAAAGGGGGAAUUGAUGUUAGCUGUGUGGAUGGGUACACAAGCAGAUGAAGCUUUUCCAGAAGCAUGGCAUUCUGAUGCAGCGGCUGUAAGUGGAAUAGAUAGUCUUGCCAAUAUUCGUUCAAAGGUAUAUCUCUCCCCGAAACUCUGGUAUUUGAGGGUCAAUGUAAUUGAAGCUCAAGACUUGCAACCAACUGAUAAAGGUCGGUAUCCAGAAGUUUUUGUGAAGGUUAUUCUGGGAAAUCAAGCCUUGAGAACAAGAAUUUCGCCCGGCAGGAGUAUCAAUCCCAUGUGGAAUGAGGACCUUAUGUUUGUGGCGGCAGAACCGUUUGAGGAGCCUUUGAUCUUGAGUGUGGAAGAUAGAGUUGCACCUAACAAGGAUGAAGUAUUGGGGAGAUGUGCAAUUCCUUUGCAGUUUGUGGACAGGCGGCUUGACCACAGGCCUGUUAAUACCAGGUGGUUUAAUCUGGAGAAACAUGUUGUUAUAGAAGGGGAAAAGAAGAAAGAAGUUAAGUUUGCCAGCAGAAUUCAUAUGAGAAUCUGUCUGGAGGGUGGUUAUCAUGUUCUGGAUGAAUCAACACACUAUAGUAGUGAUCUUCGACCUACAGCCAAACAGCUGUGGAAGCAGAGUAUAGGGGUUCUCGAACUAGGUAUUCUUAAUGCUCAGGGAUUGAUGCCCAUGAAGCCAAAGGAUAGUCGGGGAACAACUGAUGCUUACUGUGUGGCGAAGUAUGGCCAGAAGUGGGUUCGAACUCGAACAAUUAUUGACAGUUUCAUGCCCAAAUGGAAUGAGCAAUAUACUUGGGAAGUUUUUGAUCCCUGUACUGUCAUAACUAUUGGGGUUUUUGAUAACGGCCAUUUACCUGGAGGGGACAAGUCUGGAACGGCCAAAGAUUCCAGGAUUGGUAAGGUACGAAUCCGUCUUUCCACACUUGAAACUGAUCGGGUUUACACGCACUCUUAUCCUCUCCUUGUGCUGCAUCCUAAUGGUCUAAAGAAGAUGGGAGAAAUUCAUUUGGCAGUUCGUUUCACUUGCUCGUCCUUGCUCAAUAUGAUGCAUAUGUACUCGCAACCUUUGCUGCCAAAGAUGCACUAUCUUCAUCCACUUACAGUUAGCCAACUUGAUAGUUUGAGGCACCAGGCAACGCAGAUUGUGUCCAUGAGGCUGAGCCGUGCAGAGCCACCCUUAAGGAAGGAGGUUGUUGAAUACAUGCUAGAUGUGGGGUCUCACAUGUGGAGCAUGAGAAGAAGCAAAGCUAACUUUUUCAGAAUCAUGGGGGUUUUUAGUGGGAUAAUCGCAGUGGGCAAAUGGUUUGAUCAGAUAUGUAAUUGGAAGAACCCCAUCACUACGGUGCUUAUUCACAUAUUGUUUAUAAUACUAGUACUUUAUCCGGAGCUUAUCUUACCCACAAUCUUCCUUUAUCUCUUCCUGAUUGGUGUUUGGUAUUAUAGAUGGAGGCCAAAGCAACCUCCUCACAUGGACACUCGUCUAUCACAUGCAGAGUCUGCACAUCCUGAUGAACUGGAUGAAGAGUUUGAUACAUUCCCAACUUCUCGGCCUUCUGAUAUUGUGAGGAUGAGAUAUGAUCGGUUGAGAAGUAUUGCUGGAAGGAUUCAGACUGUGGUGGGAGAUUUAGCCACUCAAGGGGAGAGACUGCAGUCUUUGCUGAGCUGGCGAGAUCCAAGGGCCACAGCACUGUUUGUGAUUUUCUGUUUGGUGGCAGCCAUUGUUCUUUAUGUUACUCCUUUCCAAGUUGUUGCACUUCUGACUGGAUUUUAUGUGUUGAGACAUCCCAGGUUUCGCCACAAGCUUCCUUCAGUGCCGCUCAAUUUCUUCCGAAGGUUGCCAGCAAGAACUGAUUGCAUGUUGUAAGCAAAAAGGGAUUUGUCUGCAAUUCUGUUUAGCUUUUUUAUUUGACUUGUUUAAGUCAGUGAACAAGACGCAGAAACUAAUGGAGCUGGUUUGCUUUCUAUGUUUACCAGCGGAUGUUGGUUCUGGUAUGAUGUGUAACCUUCCUCUGAAGGUAGUAGAUUUUGUGGAUUUUCAGGUCAUUUUAAGUUAAUAGAAUUUCUGUUUUAAGCUUUGA